GUCUGAUGCAAGAUUGACAAUGGGAUUGUGCAAUCAGCUGGUAAAUAUUAUGUAAUAUGUUGAAUGUGUAAUUUAUUCUUUUUUAAGCGCAAAUGUCUGGGAUGAUGGUCGUAGUUUGAGCAGUUGAUGUGAUAGAUUUAGCAAGUUAGUUCGGUUUAUAUUCUGUAUUCAAAAAUGGGUGAUUAUACAUCAGGUUCUGACAGUAGCGACAGUAGCAGUUACGCCUCAAGUAACAAAUCUUUGAAAUAUUCUAAUUUGUUAUUAGAUUCAGAUAGCUUGCGCAAUAUUUUUGAAGAAUUUUUUGCUUCUGAAACUCAGAAGAAUAACAUCCGUGAAGUAGAAUUGCUGACUCUAGAUCAUAACAAGCUAGCAUCGUUACCAUUUUCUAUAAUUAACUUUAGGAGUUUGAAAAUAUUAGAUAUAAGUUUUAAUAGUUUCUCGACAAUACCGGAAGUUAUCACUCAAUGCUCUUUGACAUGCCUAAUCGCUACAGGUAACUCUUUAGCUAAUGAUUCAUUCCCAAAGUCUUUUUCGCAAUUGAAGGAGCUGAAGGAAUUGCAUCUUGGAGGAAACAACUUCAGCGCAUUCCCUGAACAGGUUCUAGAGUUGCCUCAGUUAAAGUAUUUGUACCUUGGAAGCAAUCGGAUAUCAACCAUACCUCCUGACAUACGAAAACUGACAAGACUGCAGUUCCUGUACCUGGGGGGCAACCGGCUGACGGGGGUGCCCGAGUCGCUGAGCGAACUGCGCUUCCUCGAGGGCCUCGUCCUGAGCAACAACCAGAUUGAGUCCCUGCCGAGCACGAUAGCGAAGAUGGCCAACCUCCGGACGCUGCUCCUGCACCAGAACAACCUCCGCACGCUGCCCACGGAGAUCAUCGCCUUGAAGCACCUGUCCAGGCUGACGCUGCGCGACAACCCCCUGGUGGAGCAGUUCGUGAGCACGAUGGAGCUGCAGCCGUCCUCCCUGCUGGAGAUGGCGGGGCGCGUCGUGAAGACCAGCCGCGUGCCGUACGGGGAGGGCGACCUGCCCCGCGGCCUCCGGGAGUACCUGGACAGCGCGCACCGCUGCGUCAACCCCAAGUGCACCGGCGUAUACUUCGACAACCGCAUAGAGCACGUCAAGUUCGUGGACUUCUGCGGCAAGUACAGGAUCCCGCUGAUGCUGUACCUGUGCUCGGCGAGGUGCAAGGACAACUGCUCCGCGCCGGCCGGCUGCUCCGACACGCUCAUGAGGAAGGUCCUGCUGGGCUGACGACGACGACGGCUUCGCUCUUGUACACUCUCGGUCGGGACGGCCGGCAAAAUAAAACCAUGUAUUUUUAUUUUUUUAUCAAAAUUGUGUAUUACUUUUGUUUGGAAAUAUGACAUAUUGCUGUUGCAUCAGAAUUAAAAUAUUGAGUUUU